CGUCCAGUUGCAAAUCCGGGUACAACAAGCACUCCCGCUCUCCAAAGAAACCGGAAGAUCCCUCAUCCAGCGGCAUUUUGAAAUUCCCCCACCGCAGAAAAUAUUCUCUGCGAGGAAGAGGAAGAGGAGGAGGAGGGGAGGCAAAACGCUUCAAGGGAGCCGCUUGCACCCUAAGCCCCGAUCGGGGGAGAGAAGGAGGGAGGGAAAGAAGCAAGGCGGGCUCGAACAACUUCCUACUCGGCUGCCAGCAUCAAACGCUGAAAACCAACCCUUUAACUGCCGCCAACGUGGAGCUGAAUUUCUGUCCUCUGGAAACGGCAGCGUGGAGGAAGCGAUGAAUGGUCAGAAAGGGGCGGUGGCUGACUCUUUGCCCUCCCCAGGCGGUUGCCGUGCCGGGGUUUCUGCCUGUUAGUUCGCGUCUCGUCCCUGACUUCUUCCCAGCGGCCGCGGGGGUGGAAAAGAAAAGGCUGCGGAGGGCUCCUCGGAGAAGGGAGCGAGGCGUGAGCAGCGCGGUUCCUCCGCUUCCCUCCUCCGGGGCUGUCUUUCUUUCUUUCUUUCUUUCUUUUUUUUUGGCGGGCGGGUUAGGAGACUUUCUGCCAUGACUACAUAGAGCGGCGCUGAGUGAGAGCGCGCAUUCCCGAGCUGCCGCCGCCACCGCCACCAGGCACCAUGAGGGGACAGGCGCAGGUUUUUUUCCUGGUUCUGCUGUGCCUCGGCAAGGUAAAACUCACUGCUGCAUGUGAUUCCGAAUGCAGUUCCUUAAACAACCUAACAGUAACAGAAACAACAAUAAGGAUCCAGUUAAAUAACAACUUUACAAUAACAAGUGUAACUUUUCAAAAUAAAUCAAAGGUGGAUCUUUCCGAGAAUGAUUCAAUAUCUAACCUUUAUCCUGGUAUUCAGUAUAUUGUUCAUUUCAAUAAUCCUAAUGAAAGUUGCUGCAAAUAUAUUUUUACAAAGCCAAGUCCCGUUCAUAGUAUUCAUGCUGAAAAUAUCACCAACACAACAUUGAACUUAAGUUGGAAAAAUGAUGAUAAAAAUGCAUCCAGUUACACUUACCAAAUAGUUGUUGAUGGACCUGGUGAUUUUGUUAUUAAAAGUUCUAAUAAAUGGAGUGAGCUAAUCAGUAACUUGCAACCUGGAACGUCAUACAGAUUUAAAAUAUAUCCAGAAGUAGAUGGUGGUAAGACUAAAGGAAACCCAAAUGAAACAGUUGUUCAUACCAAACCCAGUCCAGUUUCUAGGAUCCAUGCUAACCAUCUCAAUUCCACAUCAAUAAUUCUGACUUGGAACAAUGAAGAUAUAAAUGCUCCUACCUAUAUUUACAAAAUACUUAAGAAAGAAUCUGAUUUUCAUAGUGAUAUGUUUUCUAAUACUGGAAAUAUAACACUUAGUCAUUUGCAACCUGGAACAUUAUAUAGCUUUGAAAUAGCUGCACAAAUAAAUGGGACCAAUAUUACAGGAGACACACGAAAAAUAAGUCUUAAUACAAAGCCCAGUCCAGUAUAUGAUAUUAAAGCUGAAAAUAUCACUAAUACAUCCCUGGAUUUAACAUGGAAAAAUAAUGAUACAAAUUCACCAAGUUACACUUAUCGAAUACAGAUUGAUGGACCUGAUCAUUCUGAUAAUGAAACUUCUAAUACUAUCUAUGUAUCAAUUAUUUACUUGAAACCUGGAACAUUAUACAAGUUUAAAAUAUAUGCACAACUCGAUAAUGAAACUGAAGGAGAUCCAAAUGGAAUAAAUGUUUAUACAAAGCCCAGUCCAGUUUAUGAUAUUAAAGCUGAAAACAUCACUAAUACAUCCCUGGAUUUAACAUGGAAAAAUAAUGAUACAAAUGCAUCAAAUUACAUCUACCGAAUACAUAUUGAUGGACCUUCUUCUUUUAACGUCCUUUCUAAAUUGACAUAUGUGCCAAUUUCUAACUUGGAACCUGGAAGAUUUUAUAAGUUUAAAAUAUUUGCACAAAUCAAUGGCAAUGAAACUGAAGGAGACCCAAAUGAAACAACAGUUUAUACAAGACCCAGUCCAGUGUAUGAUAUUGAAUUUGCAAAUGUCACCACCACAACUCUGGAGAUAAAGUGGAAAGAUAAUGAUACAAAUGCAUCUAAUUAUACUUAUCAAAUAUACAUUAGUGGAACUAAUUAUUUUGAGAAUAAAACUUCUAACACUCCGUAUAUGCAUGUUGAUGGCUUGGAACCAGGAACAUUAUAUGUGUUUGAAAUAUAUGCAGAAAUUGAUGGCAAUAAGGGAGAUCCAAAGGAUGCAAGUGUUUAUACAAAGCCCAGUCCAGUUUAUGAUAUUAAAGCUGAAAACAUCACUAAUACAUCCCUGGAUUUAACAUGGAAAAAUAAUGAUACAAAUGCAUCAAAUUAUACCUACCGAAUACAUAUGGAUGGACCUUCUUCUUUUAACGUCCUUUCUAAAUUGACAUAUGUGCCAAUUUCUAACUUGGAACCUGGAAGAUUAUAUAAGUUUAAAAUAUUUGCACAAAUCAAUGGCAAUGAAACUGAAGGAGACCCAAAUGAAACAACAGUUUAUACAAAACCUAGCUCAGUCUUCAACAUCAUAGUUGAAGAUGUCAGUACAACCAUGGUCAACAUAUCAUGGGAAAGUCCUGAUGCAGCUCGUUCUACAUACUCUUAUAGGAUACUGAUCAAUGGAUCAUCUGAUACAAUAUCCCCAACUACUAGCAGUGCAAUUUCAGACCUAAAUCCUGGUACUAAUUAUCAAUUCAGCAUAUAUUCCAUAGCAGCAGAUAACAAGACUGAAGGGACACCCAAGAACAAAAAUCAUUGUACAGAUCCAGCAUCAGUGGAUAGAUUUGAUUGCAAUCUGGUAGAAAAACAGCCACAAUUAAGUCUAGACUGGAGUAUUCCAAAUGGAAGUUAUGAAGGCUUCAGAAUUGAGAUCCUAAACAAUCAGAACAAGAUUUUGGAGAAAAAAAAUCAAACCAUUGUGACAGACCUGGAUUACUUUACCACUUACACCAUUACAAUUGUCACCCUUUCAUGUAAGAAAACAAGUAUUCCUCAGGAAAAAAAAUGCCGCACAAGUAUCACAGAUCCCCCACCUUUGAUCAUAUCCCCUGUUGUCAAGGCAACCAGCCACAACUCUUUCAGUGUUCAGUUCAACAGUUUUAAUUCAAGUCAUGGACCUAUAACAGCAUAUGCAGUAAUUAUUACCACCUCAGAAGGUACAGUCUCAAAUGAGGUUUUAAAGUACACAUAUAAUGAUUUCUGGAAUAAAGAAACAAGUACUUAUGUUGCAUAUAUAAAAACUGAAGAAAAACGUUCACCUUCUACAAAAAAUCAGGAUUAUGUUGUUGAAAUAGGAGAUGAAUCUACAACAUAUGGUUAUUUUAAUGGAAAAUUAGAUCCUCUUGGGUCAUACAGGGCAUGUGUUGCCGCUUUCACUAGAAUUGUAUUUGUGAAUGAGACCAUUGUCAACGCAGAGGAGAGUUAUGUCUCAUUUUCUCAUCUUUCACCAUUGGUUGGUUUACCUCAGAAUCCAGCUGUCAUCACAGGAGGUGUUGUCGGAAGCAUUUUGGUUCUGUUAGUUAUUGUUGCAAUUGUUGGAUUCAUCUUCUGGAAAAAGAAAAGGAAAGGUAGAAAUAACGAAGUGCCAUUUAGUCAAAUUGAACCUAAAAAAUCAAAAUUACUUAAAGUUGAAAAUUAUGAAUCUUAUUUUAAGAAACAAAAAGCUGACUCAAACUGUGGGUUUGCUGAAGAGUAUGAGGAUCUCAGGCCAGUUGGUGCUAAUCAGCCUAAAUUUGCUGCUGAAUUGUCAGAUAACAAAGGAAAAAAUAGAUACAACAAUGUUUUGCCUUAUGAUAUUUCGCGUGUUAAACUUUCAAUUCAAAAUCACCCAACUGAUGAUUACAUAAAUGCAAAUUAUAUGCCUGGAUAUAACUCCAAGAAAGAAUUUAUUGCAGCACAAGGUCCUUUGCCUAACACUGUGCAAGAUUUCUGGCGCAUGAUCUGGGAGAAGAAAAUUUACACCGUUGUUAUGUUGACUAAAUGUGUUGAACAAGGCCGGACAAAAUGUGAAGAGUAUUGGCCAAACAAGCAAUCCAAGAAUUAUGGAGACUUAAUGGUGGCCAUGACUUCAGAAAUUUUCUUACCCGAGUGGACAAUAAGAGAUUUCUCCAUACAGCAAAGUGAUUCACCGGAAAGUCAUCCUGUGCGUCAGUUUCACUUCACUGCCUGGCCUGAUCAUGGGGUUCCAGAAACCACAGACCUCCUCAUCAGCUUCAGGCACUUGGUGCACGAAUUCAUGAAGCAGAAGCCACAAUCUUCUCCAACCUUAGUUCAUUGCAGCGCUGGUGUCGGGAGGACAGGAACUUUCAUUGCAAUUGACCGUUUGAUACAACAGAUGGAGAUGGAGAACACAGUUGAUGUGUACGGCACUGUAUACGAUCUACGAAUGCAUCGAUCUUUAAUGGUACAAACAGAGGACCAAUAUGUCUUCCUAAACCACUGUGUUAUGGAUAUUAUUAAAUCUAAGAAAGAGAAGAAAAUGGAUCUCAUCUAUCAGAACACAGAUGCCAUGGCAAUCUAUGAGAAUUUCACACCAUCAUCACCAUACAUUGGAAGGGCAAAUGGCUACCAUGUAUAACUAGGAAGGAAUGAUCUGCUUCCCGUUUGGGCCUUUUGCAGAGGACAGAAAGAAUAUGCACUGCUUUUGUAUGACUUUAUAUAUACACAAAGACUUCAGCACCUGUUUUGAAGAUGCACGUGUUAAAUUGUCAGAGGAAACUGUGGAUUCAAUAUAGUGUUAAAAGAAAAAAAAUCUAUACUGUAUUUUGCAGAGAAUUUUUGCAUUGAGGGUUGAUAAAACAAAAUAUUAUUGGUGAAAUUAAUGUUGGCUGAAUAAUAAGAAUGAAAAAUACAGACACUUUUAAAUUAUUUUUUUAACAUGUUCAUGUUCAGACUUCCUAGGAUACUGAUUCUAUUGUUCGUGUUCCAGAAAUAUUAAUGAUAUAUUGGUCACUUUAACAUUUAAAUUCCACAGUGACUUCUCAAAUUCAUUUUAUUUAAAAUGGGAACACGUAAACCGUUUAUAAAUAGGAUAUUUUAUUAUGUAAUUGUGCCUUUCUAUUUUGCUAAAGACAAAAUAAUCAGAGAUCUAUAUUUUUGUAUUGAAAUUCUCAGAUGAUGUCUAACAUUUGAAUAUGAUUAUUUUCCAUUUUUUAAAAUCUGGAAUACCUAUGCUUAUUCUUUCCCCGUGGAAGUAGCAACCAUUCAUUUUAUGAUACUUUAUUCUGUGGAAGGUUUGUUGCAGAAUUCAUUUGCUUGAUCUUGUGAGCACAAUAACUAUCGUAUCAUAUUUUAAUUUUAUAAGAAGGACAAGGUUUUCAUAUAUGGGUAAAUUAAAAUUUAUCCAAUUUUAUUUUCAUGCAUUGAAAAUAUUUCCCACUUGUCUAAAAAAAAAUGAUGAAAGUAGUCUUUCCGUGCCCUUUGAAGAUCCUGGUUAUUCUGUUUCUGAGCACCAUUUUCUUCUUUGACCCUCAGUCUUGUGUGUCCUUAUUACCUUUUCACUUGAAUAUGUAUAAUGAUUAGAGAUUUCAUCUAUUGUCAUAAUUUGUAUGCUUAGCAAUACUUGUGAAUAGCUGAUCACAUUUGACAAUAGUAUGGGCACCGCAAAAGAAAAUGGUAUUGAGAAAUAGCAGUUGUUUAUGAAACAAAAGGAAGUCAAGCUUUUACUUUGUGAAAAUAUGCUAAUUUCUAAGUAAAAAAAAUAAGGGAUGUCCAAGUAGCCAUUGAUAUUUAUGACCUCAGGUUUAAUUGUUAGGGGUAUGCAACUAAUAAUGCAAAGAUGGAAAAGGUGUGUGAGUGGAUUGGCAACUUUAAUUUCUAAUCAAU